AUAAGAAGAUCGUGCUGGAAUAACGGCUAUCAGUGAGUAUCGUGCUGUUUUCGCAUAUACCAAGUUAAACGGGAUCACCCCACGAGUCGAGGAACGAUGCUGAAGAAUUUGUGCUUGGUUUGCGUGACGGUUGCGUGCUGCAACGCCGUGGUUCUAAGCGGUUACAACGGAGGUCACGGGAUCAGUUACAGCGAUUACGAGGGCCUUGAGGCGUACUCGGGUCUUUCCGACUAUGGAGAACACGCGGUACUGCCAACGGUAGCGGUUCCGGUCCACUCGGUUUCCGCUUUUCCAGUGCACGUGGCUGCGACCCUCGAUCACGGGGCGCAUGGCUACGACCAUCAUGGUGACCACGACCAUGAUUACUACGCUCACCCCAAGUAUACCUUCAACUACGGCGUCCACGACCCCCACACGGGGGACGUGAAGACCCAGCACGAGGUUCGCGACGGAGACGUCGUCCACGGAUCCUACAGCGUCAACGAACCCGACGGCAGCGUCAGGAUCGUCGAGUACACCGCUGACGACCACAACGGCUUCAACGCUGUCGUGAAGAAGGUCGGUCCAGCCAUUCACCCGAAACCCGUCCACGUUGCCAAGUACGUGUCACCAGCCUACUACAACAGCUAUGACGAAUACGAAAAGCACUACUAGACGCCUAGCUAGAUCUCGAAGAGGGCAGAAACAGGGUCGGUGACGAUUUCGAUCUCGUUAAACCGCGCCAAUGAUCGAACAGGGACAUGCCACGUCUCCCAGAGGUCAGCACCGGGUAUCCGAGACCGAUACCACGAUCCUGCUGACCCUGGACAGCUGUUCCUAAAGGCUAGUUUAGAUGUCAAUUAUCCGAAUGUCCGAGACCCUCAAAGAAAAAUUCGAAAACUUUUUUGCGAAUUUUUUUCCGGGGUCCUGUUCGUCGAUCGAGCGCCAUAUACAGGGUGGUUCGAGGGAACCCUAUUUUAUAAAUGCAGAUGAGCAGAAAUGUUUGGUUCUAGUUUCAAAAGUCAAGGUUGUCGAAUUUUGAAGUACCCUGUAUAUCGGGUUUGAUCGAGACGAAAUCGGCGCGAACAGGUGUUCGUGAUGACGAGUAAUUGCGAGAUAUCGAUAAAAAGUGACUGAAAAAGUGUCCCGCGUAUAGAUUCUCGUACGUCGAAACCACCUUCAUCGGUGCACGCGUUUACGAUUCCUCGAGACGAUUAGGCAGUGAAUAUGUAAACGAGAAUUUACUGUUCCUUAACUAGUAGAAAGCGGGGAGAAAAAACUGCUCGGGGUACCUGAAACUUGCUGAAAAGCCAGACGAGAACUUUCCAUUGCGUUCCGUUGGGAAGUGGAAGAUGGCGCGGAAAUUAGGCGCCGUUUCUUUUUUUUGUGGACAGUCGAGAUGAGAAUGUGCGAUUAGAAGGCUUACGGAAGGUUAAAAGCGUGUUAAAUUAAAAUCGUUGGACUGGGGAACGGAGAAACCCGAACAGAAUCUGAAUUUAGAAAAGUACGGGAUUUUUGGAGGUUAGAUUUAUCAGAUUAGAGCUUAGGAUAGAUCAGAGAUCGAACUUGGUAAUGUUUUCUAGCUAAGGUUAGUAAUAUAAGUAUCUUAAGUUGUUCGAUUGUAACGUUCUAUUGGAUUGAAACAUUAAAAAUUCGACAAUUUUGCUAGUUGAGUUUGCAAGUUCAGCGCCGUCUGGCGGGCAAAUCAGGAGCAUAAUCGUUUUACGCGAAGGGUGUACCGCGAGAGAACAACUCGAAUCUAUUAUUGUCUUAACUGUAAAGUAUUAUUAAAAAUUUUCUGUAAAUAGAACCUAAGCUUAUACUCAAUAAAAGCGAUUGUAUAAAAUUUUGUUCGUUGUUUAAGAUUCAUACGUCAUACUUUGAAAAUAUUGAUGUACAGGCGAUAACGGAGCCACUUGGGGUUAUAGAGGGUUAAUGAGGCGAAGGAUUCCCCGCAGCUCUUAACUACAGCGGAAGGUUUUCGUUUUAGUAAACAAGCCAGCGAAACGGGAGAUAGAUCUGGAUCGCGAAAGCGGGGUCGUCGAGAUGAAAUCUGCUCCCACGUCCGUUGCUAUCGUAAACACUGUAUCGUGCUCAGCAUUUUUCCCUCAGAUCUGAUUUCGUUCACGUCAAAGCUAUGCUUUUAGUUCGACUCUGCUAAUUUUUGCAAUUUUUCUGACAGCAACUCUUAAUAUCAAAUUAUUUAGUAAUCUCGGGCAACGAUAAAUUAAUUCUAUUUUGUUAUAAUAUUAUAAUAUAGCACGCUGUACAUGCUUCUUGGCACAACAAUAGAAUCCCAUCAGAUAAAAAGAAAAUCGUGCAAAAAGCGAGUUCCCUGUUUUCUGAACAAUCAACGCCCGAGGUAUUUGCACCUACUGUUUAUUUAACUUUUAAUUAACCGCGCGUUCGCCAGCGGAGCGCAUUUAAUUCACUCAACCGAUCGCUAU